AUAAGAGUUGUGUUAGCAAAAAGCAGUGGUGCGUAUUGUGGCCUUUGCCGAGUACAGUGGCACAGGGCUUUGUCAGGUGACCACAAUCCCCUGCUAAUUGUUGAUUCUCCAGCAACUAAGUCCUUCAUCGCCAUCCUCCUGCCACUUUGUCUUCUUGUCCGAUCCUUUUGGCCUUCCAACAUGUCCUCUAUCCUUUCUGUCCUUAAAACCAAGCUUAGAGAGUACAUGCUUGCCCUUCCUAAUAGUGCUGCCGAGGACAAAGAUUAUGAGGCCUAG